AAGAACUUGGCAGCCAUUUUGUCACCCAUGUGGUGACAUAAAAACAUGUUUCCUAUUGUGUUUUUUGGACAGUUAGCUGACUAAACUUGCUGUUAAAGAGGAAAUGUAUUUGUUAUGUAGUGUUAUGAGUGUUUCAAGACAAGGAAGAAUGAUUUUUGUGGCCAGGAAAUGUCAUAAAACAAGGAAUUAAAUUUUCGUCCUGGCUGCCAUUUUGGAAAGAGGAGAAAUGAUGCAUCAAAAGGAUUCACCUCCUCCAGUUUGUCACUUUCUAAACAUCCAUGGAGCUUGGCAGAGGAACUGGGACGCUCUGAGGGGAAUACAGGCUGCCUCCGCCUGAAGCAUGCUUAUUUUGGAGGGAGGACCUCAGGCGAGCUAAAGUUGCUGUUUGUCUGCAGGAGUUGGAAUCCAGCGGGGAUCUGCCAGAGAUUUAUUACAGUUUUUUUUUAAACUUGGUUUACAAUCCGCCACUUGAAUGAAAUAACCAACUUUUCCUGAGAGCAGCGAUCGUUCGGGACCGCGAUGACCUCCAGUAAAGACGCGAAGGCGGGCUCGGUGUUGCAGUCCGGCGGCGGCGAGGAGCGGAGGCGCGCCCCGCUGGACCAGCUGCCGCCGCCGGCCAACUCCAACAAGCCGCUGACGCCGUUCAGCAUCGAGGAUAUCCUCAACAAGCCCUCCGUGAAGAAAUCCGCGGCCAGCAGCGCCUGUCCGCCCCGGGCGGUGCUGCUGGAGAAGGUCGCGGGCGCCAACUCGGCGAGGAACGGGAUCAUCAGCACGCCGUCGUCGCCGCUGUGCGCGCUGGAGGAGCUGGCCAGCAAAACGUUCAAGGGGCUGGAGGUCAGCGUCAUCCAGGCGGCUGAAGGUCGCGAGCACCUGAACGCCUUCGGCCAGCGGCAGACGUCGAAGAAGCGGCGGAAGUCGCGCACGGCCUUCACCAACCACCAGAUCUACGAGCUGGAGAAGCGCUUCCUGUACCAGAAGUACCUGUCUCCGGCCGACCGCGACCAGAUCGCGCAGCAGCUGGGACUGUCCAACGCGCAGGUCAUCACCUGGUUCCAGAACCGCCGCGCCAAGCUCAAGCGGGACCUGGAGGAGAUGAAGGCGGACGUGGAGUCGCUGAAGAAGAUCACGCCGCAGACGCUGCAGAAGCUCGUCAGCAUGGAGAGCGUCGAGGACGCGCAGGGCGGAGAGGGGCCCGGGGGGGCCAGGACGCCCAGCGUCUCCCCGACCUCCCGAGGAGGAGGRCACCGAGCCUUCCCGCAGUCCCCGUCCUCGUCCAGGGACCAGACCACGGACGAGUUCUCGGAGGACGACGAGGAGAUCGAGGUGGACGAUUAACCGAGAUUUUAUCAYCGAACACAAAACAAGAAAAUUAAAGAGGGACGUUUUUUUUUUUCUCUUCCCCAAACUUUUGCACGGAUAUUGAUUUAAAAAAAAGGAGUAUACACAUAUAUGAACACAUCGGGGGGAAAAUAUUCCCCACUUUUUAUGUCUUCAUUUUAAUUUAUUUAUUCGAAACUAUUCGAGGUUGUUCGGGUUUCACCGCAGUCUGAGGAGGAUCAGGCAGGAAGGCUUCUGACAAAUGAAAUGUGGAUUUAGUCCCACUAAACCAGACUGUUUAAAUGUAAAAAUAAAACAUAAAUCAGUUUCAACUCUUCUAAAAACACAAGAUACAAAAGAAUCAGUUUGAUGAAAACAAACAAAYAAAAACAGGUUCUGGUCUGACGCACGUUACAGAAUUUAUUCAGUAAAAUUAUUGAAUUGCUACAGUGCAAAAACACCUGCUAACUGUUAAAAAUAAAUCAGGACAAAAUCCUAAUUUCAUCUCUUAGAGUGUGGAAUAAACAUUUAAUAAUUAAACAUCUUUUAGGUUAUAGGAAGUUCAGUGCAAUUUACUUUGAUUUGCCUUUUUUUCAGGUUUUAUUUGUUUCUGUUAAAUAUCUCUGACACCUUCCCCCAGAAACUUUUAUUUUAAAAUUUAAUUUAUAUUGUUUAAAUCGCCACACAGUCAGCACCUCACGCACACUUCGGCUUUGUUCCGCUUCGGUUCUGUAAAUAGAUCCAACAUCUUAUUUUAUUGUAACGUUCUAUUUAAUCAGCAUCUAUGUAAAUAAAGCUUAUAUGAUAUUUGAAA